AUGAGUUGGCCCCGCGUAUUGAAACAGGCACCUCGAUGUGGCCACUGUGCACCAUCUACGGACUCACGCCUCAUAGCAUCUUCAAAUAGCAUUGCGACCCCGAUUCGAUCCCGAUAUCGCGGCUUUGCUUCACAAUCCGGCAAUACCAUCUCGUUGCCAUGUCUCGGCAAAGGUGCCACUCGUCGCAUGUCGGCAGCUUCUACAGCGCUGGCCAAGAAAAAGGCCAUUGAUAGAGACUUCAUUGUCUCCGUCUUGGAGGUAUCAGCUACCAAACGAGAUGCCAAAGGAUAUCUUCAGAAGUACACCGGCAAGAAUCCAAAGUCUCUCACUGAUGCACCUCUAUUCGUCCAGGGUGAUCCGCAGCAGGAAACGGAACCACUGGACAUCGCACCUCCGCAUGUUGCUAUUAUGAAGCUUCGGGUUCCACAAGAGAUCGAUGCCACAACUCUAGCGGGAGUAGCAAAUACGCUGUCUCAAUUGCGCAAGCUCGGGCUCUUGAGCGUCGUAGUCAUUGACUGUGGCAUUGAUGAAUCUCGCAUGACUUUCCAAGACCAGGCUUUCCGCCUCUGUGAAGCCAUCGACAGCUUCGGAGAACAUGGCGCUCGUGUGGUAAAGCAUGCGUUUGUGUGCUCGGAACCCGUCGGACAGAAGGGCAAAUCACAGACGACUGAUAUCCGACUUGACGAUCCUGCCUUUAUCAACCACAUUCUGCAUCAUCGCAUGAUGCCGGUUAUCCCUUCCGUGGCCAGCCGCGAUGAAACCCGUCCGCCCCAGCCUGCCGACUCGAAUCAAAUCGUGCUGGCUCUCACUAGAUACUUUGCAGGCGUGCAAUCCAAUACCACUAACACAUUUGCUGAGGCCGAUGCUGCCCCCUCAAAACCCAUUGCUCUCGUAGAGAGAAUCAUCCUUCUUGAUCCACUUGGGGCAACACCAAUGACGGGCCGGCCUGGUGCAUCCCAUCGGUUCAUUAACCUGGAACAAGAAUAUGAACCGAUUCUUAAAGAACUCAUGGGCCCUGACGGAUCCCCCCUAGCAGACGACAAGGACCUCCGUGCCUCGAUCACUGCACAUGCUGCGAAUCUGGCCCUUGCUAGAGAUGCUUUGGCGAUGCUACCUCAUACUUCAUCUGCUCUCAUUACUACACCCGGCGCUGCGGCCAAUCUUAUGAAAACGUCAUUUGAGCCCAACGAAGCUACCGGGUCUGAUUCUCUCUUUGGAAUCGGUGGUAUAGUAACAACUCGGAGGAAGAAAAACCCACUACUGCACAACCUUCUCACAGACAAGCCCGUCUUCUCGUCGUCCCUCCCAAUGGCGCGCGCACCAACGAAUUCUGGUAGGGAACCCACAGUGGGGGCAUCUGGAGGCUCAACUCUACUUAAAAAGGGUAUGCCUCUUCGAGUAUUCCCUCACCCUCGGGAGAGUCCAUGGGUUCCGCCCAAGCCUGGAAGUCCGAGACUCCGCUUGACUGAUAAGUGCAUCGACCUCCCUCGACUGGUCCAUCUCAUCGAGGACUCAUUUGGCAGAAAACUGGAUGUAGAUGACUAUCUCAAUAGAGUCAACGAGAACCUGGCCGGCGUGAUCAUCGCUGGAGAAUACGAAGGCGGUGCCAUCCUGACGUGGGAGAAACCCGAAGGUUUGGACGACCAGACCGCGUACGAGCAAGGCCGUUACGUCCCGUAUCUAGACAAAUUUGCCGUCCUGAGGAAGAGCCAGGGCAGUGGUGGUUGCGCUGAUAUUGUUUUUAAUGCUAUGGUGCGAGGCUGUCUCCCCGAUGGUGUAUCGUGGAGAAGUCGGAAGGAUAACCCGGUGAACAAAUGGUAUUUUGAGCGAUCUUUGGGUACCAGUAAGUUGUCUGGGUGCAACUGGACUAUGUUCUGGACAACACCCAAUUUGGACAGCCAAAGUCCCAUGCUGCGAGAUUAUGAGUCGGUAUGCAGGGGAGUCGAACCUUCUUGGGCUGACAAUAAACACAUUUUGGAUUGA